GCGUUCAGUUGGUAAAAGUGAAGCGUUGCGUGCGGUUGUCUCCACACUCCAUAAACCAAUUUUAAGUACAUCAUUUUCCAAUUAGUCAGUUUUCCUCACUUUUUCGUUCAACUUGAUCAAUCGCCGCUGCGUGAAACGUUUGGUGCUGUUUACAUUUUACAAACAAGUGCUCUUCUUCUCUUCUAGAUUUAAAUAAAGAUGUUUGUGCUGCGCACGUUGCUGCUGCUGGCAGUGAGCGCCACUGUGGCGCUGGCCCAGCGUCGUCUUGCCCUGCCGGAUCCUCGGAGUUGCGCCAAUCGUGUGCGUCACGCCACCUAUCGGGAUGCCCGCGGCGUCUCACACUCGUACUUCUUCAGUUGGGAGCAUGCGCCGACGCGCAGCCUGGAGGUCGAUUGGUUGGAUGCACGUAACAUUUGCCGGCGGCAUUGCAUGGACGCCGUCUCGCUGGAGACGCCGCAGGAGAAUGAUUUUGUGAAGCAACGCAUUGCCCGUGGAAAUGUGCGUUAUAUCUGGACGUCGGGUAGAAAGUGCAACUUUGCUGGCUGCGACAGACCCGAUCUGCAGCCACCCAAUGAGAAUGGCUGGUUCUGGUCGGGAUCGGGCGGCAAGAUUGGACCCACAUCGCAACGCAACACUGGCGACUGGUCCCAGACGGGCGGCUACAAUCAACCACAGCCCGAUAAUCGUGAGGCUGCCCAGGGCAACGAUGAGAGCUGCCUUUCCAUUCUGAAUAACUUCUACAAUGAUGGCAUCAAGUGGCACGAUGUUGCUUGCCAUCACAUCAAGCCCUUCGUCUGCGAGGAUUCCGAUGAGCUGCUCAACUUUGUGCGCUCCCGAAAUCCGAAUGUGCGUUUGUAAUUCUAAUUCUUAAUUACUAAAAAUAAGCGAAAAACAAAAA